AUCUCGGUGUCAGAGCCGCCCCCGGCCGGGCGGGCGCCUCAGCCAUGGCCCUGCGCAAGGAGCUGCUUAAGUCCAUCUGGUACGCUUUCACCGCGCUGGACGUGGAGAAGAGCGGCAAGGUCUCCAAGUCCCAGCUCAAGGUGCUGUCCCACAACCUGUACACAGUCCUGCACAUCCCCCACGACCCCGUGGCUCUGGAGGAGCACUUCCGAGAUGAUGACGAUGGCCCCGUGUCCAGCCAGGGAUACAUGCCCUACCUCAACAAGUACAUCCUGGACAAGGUGGAGGAGGGGGCUUUCGUUAAGGAGCACUUUGAUGAGCUUUGCUGGACCCUGACGGCCAAGAAGAACUAUCGGGUGGAUAGUAACGGGAACAGCAUGCUCUCCAAUCAAGAUGCCUUCCGCCUCUGGUGCCUCUUCAACUUCCUGUCUGAAGACAAAUACCCUCUGAUCAUGGUUCCUGAUGAGGUGGAAUACCUGCUGAAAAAGGUGCUCAGCAGCAUGUGCUUGGAGGUGGGCUUGGGUGAGCUGGAGGAGCUGCUGGCCCAGGAGGCCCAGGCAGCCCAGACCACUGGGGGGCUCAGUGUCUGGCAGUUCCUGGAGCUCUUCAACUCCGGCCGCUGUCUGCGAGGUGUGGGGCGGGACACCCUCAGCAUGGCCAUCCACGAGGUCUACCAGGAGCUCAUCCAAGAUGUCCUGAAGCAGGGCUACCUGUGGAAGCGAGGGCACCUGAGGAGGAACUGGGCAGAACGUUGGUUCCAGCUGCAGCCCAGCUGCCUCUGCUAUUUUGGGAGUGAAGAGUGCAAAGAGAAAAGGGGUACUAUCCCGCUGGACGCACAAUGCUGCGUGGAGGUGCUGCCCGACAGAGAGGGGAAGCGCUGCAUGUUCUGUGUGAAGACGGCCUCCCGCACGUACGAGAUGAGCGCCUCAGACACGCGACAACGCCAGGAGUGGACGGCUGCCAUCCAGACGGCGAUCCGGCUGCAGGCCGAGGGGAAGACGUCGCUGCACAAGGACCUGAAGCAGAAGCGGCGCGAGCAGCGGGAGCAGCGGGAGAGGCGCCGGGCAGCCAAGGAGGAGGAGCUGCUGAGGUUGCAGCAGCUGCAGGAGGAGAAGGAGCGGAAGCUCCAGGAGCUGGAGCUGCUGCAGGAGGCGCAGCGGCAGGCCGAGCGCCUGCUGCAGGAGGAAGAGGAGCGGCGCCGCAGCCAGCACCGCGAGCUGCAGCAGGCGCUCGAGGGCCAAUUGCGCGAGGCGGAGCAGGCCCGGGCCUCCAUGCAGGCUGAGAUGGAGCUGAAGAAGGAGGAGGCUGCCCGGCAGCGACAGCGCAUCCAGGAGCUGGAGGAGAUGCAGCAGAGGCUUCAGGAGGCCCUGCAACUGGAGGUGAAAGCUCGGCGGGACGAGGAGGCGGUGCGCCUCGCCCAGACCAGACUGCUGGAGGAGGAGGAGGAGAAGCUGAAGCAGCUGCUGCAGCUGAAGGAGGAGCAGGAGCGCUACAUUGAGCGGGCGCAGCAGGAGAAGCAAGAGCUGCAGCAGGAGAUGGCGCUGCAGAGCCGCUCCCUGCAGCAGGCGCAGCAGCAGCUGGAGGAGGUGCGGCAGAACAGGCAGAGGGCCGACGAGGACGUGGAGGCUGCCCAGCGGAAGUUGCGCCAGGCCAGCACCAAUGUGAAACACUGGAAUGUCCAGGUGAACCGGCUCAUGCAUCCAAUUGAGCCUGGAGACAAACGGCCCACCACCAGCAGCUCCUUCACCGGCUUCCAGCCCUCUCUACUUGCCCGCCGUGACUCCUCCCUAAAGCGCCUGACCCGCUGGGGAUCCCAGGGCAACAGGACGCCCUCGCCCAGCAGCAGUGAACAGAAGUCCCUCAAUGGUGGGGAUGAGGCUCCCGUCUCGGCUUCCAGCCCUCAGGAAGAUAAACUGGACCCAGCACCAGAAAAUUAGCCUCUGCUAGCCCCUUUUCCCCCAACCUCAUGCCCACCAGGACCUGGCCACAGCUGGCCUGUGGGUGACACCAGCCCCUGCAGAAGAAGGAGCUGAGGUCCUGGUGCCAGGGACCCAGGGCCUCCAACCAUUAAACAGUCCAGAAUGGAACCUUCAUUUUUCGCACCAGCCCCAGGCCCCAGACCACUGAGGCUGUCUGGGAUAUUGAUCCUUGAGAACUUGACCUGGUGCCUUAACUCUAAGGACCCUGUGCCCUGGACUGGGAAAGACAGUAAACAAGCAAGCCAGGGGCCAUCUGCCCCUAGACUGCCACCAAGUUGUGGAGGCACAUUCCCAAAUAAAAACUGCUCUUGGAAUGAA